CCCGCCGCGGUAUAAAGGGGCCGCACGGGCCGGGCCGGGCGCACAGCGGCGGCGGCGGGUGGGGAACGGCGGCACCGCCACCGGCACCUCCACGAUGCCAGGGAGCCUCUCCACGGCCCUGCGUGUCGUGGGGACCAGCCUCUUCGCCGUGGCGGUGCUGGGGGGAAUCCUGGCCGCCUACGUCACAGGGUACCAGUUCAUCCACACGGAGAAGCACUACCUCUCCUUCGGCCUCUACGGGGCCAUCCUGGGGCUGCACCUCUUCAUCCAGAGCCUCUUCGCCUUCCUGGAGCACCGGCGCAUGCGGGGCGAGGGGCAGCCGGUGCGGCCGGGGCGCUCCGUGGCCCUGUGCAUCGCCGCCUUCCAGGAGGACCCCGACUACCUGACCAAGUGCCUGCGCUCCGUCAAGCGCAUCGCCUUCCCCGACCUCAAAGUGGUGAUGGUGGUGGACGGCAACGGCCCCGACGACACCUACAUGCUGGACAUCUUCCACGACGUGAUGGGCUCCGAGCGCUGCGGCAGCUACAUCUGGAGGAGCAACUUCCACGCCUGGGGCGAGGGGGAGACGGAGGCCGGGCUGCGGGAAGGGCUGGCCCGAGUUCAGGCGCUGGUCCGCAGCAACACCUACUCCUGCAUCCUGCAGAAGUGGGGCGGGAAGCGGGAGGUGAUGUACACGGCCUUCCGGGCGCUCGGAGACUCCGUGGACUAUAUCCAGGUGUGUGACUCAGACACCGUGCUGGACCCCGCCUGCACCGCCGAGAUGCUCCGCAUCCUGGAGGCCGACCCCCACGUCGGCGGCGUCGGCGGCGAUGUCCAGAUCCUGAACAAGUACGACUCGUGGCUGUCCUUCCUGAGCAGCGUGCGGUACUGGAUGGCCUUCAACGUGGAGCGCGCGUGCCAGUCGUACUUCGGGUGCGUGCAGUGCAUCAGCGGCCCCCUGGGCAUGUACCGCAACGCGCUGCUGCAGCAGUUCCUCGAGGACUGGUACCACCAGACCUUCCUGGGCAGCAAGUGCAGCUUCGGGGACGACCGGCACCUCACCAACCGCGUGCUCAGCCUGGGCUACCGCACCAAGUACACGGCUCGCUCCAAGUGCCUGACGGAGACGCCCACGCGGUACCUGCGCUGGCUCAACCAGCAGACCCGCUGGAGCAAGUCCUACUUCCGUGAGUGGCUCUACAACGCGCUCUGGUUCCACAAGCACCACCUCUGGAUGACCUACGAGUCGGUGGUCACCGGCUUCUUCCCCUUCUUCCUCAUCGCCACCGUCAUCCAGCUCUUCUACCGCGGCCGCGUCUGGAACAUCCUCCUGUUCCUGCUGACGGUGCAGCUGGUGGGCGUCAUCAAGGCCACCUACGCCUGCUUCCUGCGCGGCAGCGCCGAGAUGAUCUUCAUGUCCCUCUACGCCCUCCUCUACAUGUCCAGCCUGCUGCCCGCCAAAAUCUUCGCCAUUGCCACCAUCAACAAGUCGGGCUGGGGCACCUCAGGGCGCCGCACCAUCGUGGUGAACUUCGUGGGGCUGCUGCCGGUGUCCGUGUGGGUGGCGGUGCUGCUGGGCGGGCUGGCCUACACCGCCUACAGCCAGGACCUCUUCAGCGAGACCGAGGUGGCCUUCCUCGUCUCGGGUGCCAUCCUCUACGCCUGCUACUGGGUGGCCCUGCUCACCCUCUACCUGGCCAUCGUUGCCCGCCGCUGCGGCAAGAGGCAGGAGCAGUGUGGGCUGGUCUUCACUGAGGUCUGACCGUGGGGUGGUUCCCGGUGCCACGCCAUCCAAUGUGUCAGGGUAGCCACCGCCAUCCCCUCUUGCCCAUCCUGGAACCACCAGGUGCUGGGGUGAUCCCACGUGCUGGAGUGAACACCCCCAGGCCCCUUUUUCCCAAUCCCGGAGCUGCUGGGCAGCGCUGAGCGCUCCCAACCCUUGGCGUUUCUCAUCAGAUCUUGAAAUCUUGCUUUUAUUCUUUAUUAAGGUGCAAACUUUUCCUAUACUUUCCUUUUUUCCAUCCCAAGCUGGCCACGGAGAAGCCGAGCCAGGGCUGCCCAUCACCCAGCCAGGUGCUGCCAGCGACAUCCCAGCUGUGCCCUAUGGAGCAUCCCGGUGUGGAGCGCUGCUGGCCGCGCUCCCACACCCCAUUCCAGAACCUUCCACCCCUCGGUGCUUUUACAGGGAUUCCAGUCCCUCCUCCGUGGUGCUAGAGCACUUCCCCACCCCAGGACACACAGUGUGCCAGCCCUGCUGGCUGCGCUGCCUCUGCCCCACGGCUGCGUGCGGGCGCGUACCCACGGGCAGCCCCCAGGCCUCUCGGGGGUCUGGCUGCUCCAGGAGGGCAGCAGGUUCCUUCAGCUUUGCCAAAGAGCCAAGGGGGGAUCCUGGCAUGGAGAGACUGGGAAAUCUGGGGGGCUGUGUGCCGGCCGGGGCGUUGCUGGAGACCCCUUGGGGCCGUGUCACGCUCUGGCCACCCCACGGCCCUGUCACUCCCACCCCAAAACCUUCCCAGCAGUGGGGAGAUGGGGAUUUAGGCAAGGUGCUUCCCAACUUUCCCCUCCCCAGGGAAUUCACCUGUGGGUCCUUUUUUCAGGACUUGGGUA